AUGCUAGGGCCUACCGACAAGCAUUGUGCAAAAUAAUAUAUCAAAUUCUGAUUAUUCCAGUGUUAAAUAGUAGAAAAUGGUAUUGAAUCCUUUAGGUUAGCAGUAAGUCUAGUAUGAGAUCGUAGAUUACUUUUUAGGGGUAAGGAAAUGUCAGAUCCUGAUCCAUAUCCAAAAGUUGUGUACCCCGGAGAGAUUGGUCCUGGGGCGGGGUAUGGCAGUGAAAAAUUUCAGCUGCUGUUGUCAGCCAUAAGUAAUUGUGCUGUUCCAUUGGUGCAUCAACUGAUUCAACAGGAACCAGGUCUUGUCCGUGAAAAAGGUUGGCACGGUCAGACAGCUUUACACAAGGCCUGUCUGUGUGGGGACUGGUCCGUCAGCUACCUGUUACUGGAGGGCGGGUCGGACCCCAACGCCAGGAAUGAGUUUGACGAGACCCCCGUCCAUUACGCCUGUAAACGGGGCCUGGCUCAGAUCGUGCACCUUAUUAUACAAAGGGGAGGUAACCUAGACACUGUGGACAAGAAUGGAAAAACGGCAGCCCACCAUGCCGCCCAGACAGGGAGUGUAUAUGUUAUGAAGUAUCUUGAAAUGAAUGGUGUAAACUUCAAUGCAGUGGACAAAAACCUACAGACACCCUUACAUAUAUGUUGUGUUCAUGGCCAUGUUGAUGCAUUUAAAUUCCUUAUCAAAGCAGAGAGAACAAACCUGACCCAGGUAGAUGGGGAUGGGAACACGGUCCUCCAUAUUGUGGCUCGGGAAGGACACCCUUACUUAUGUUGGGAACUCUUAGUGGUCACGGGGUGUGGUCCUCUUCACUUAACCAACCGUGAAGGAUUCACUCCAGUGGAUUUAGCAGCACAAAGAAAUAAAUAUGGACACAAAGAAAUAACCCCAUUACUGCAAUGGCUCGCCAAAAAGGACAAGAACUACGUUCCGCGGGGACCAGUUUUAACCUGGUGGUGGCUUCUCUUCAUGCCCGCGGUGUUGUAUGCCACUAUUGCCCUCUCGGCCCACUAUUUGCUCCCGGAUCACCAGGGAAUGGUGUACUUUGCUGGAAUGAUCUUUCUUAUUUUAAGCCUUUUGAGACAUAACCACAGAAUUUAUCACAUCUCUAGGUGGCCUGACCCUGUGUUUGCUGGGACUUUCUUUGCUGGUGUCUUACAUACGGCUAUACUGCAGUUAUUUUACCUUCUACCAAAUUGUAAUGAGUACCCAACCUUCAAUGUAAUAGCGACAUUACUGGGGUUUGUGAUGAUUUACAUGUACAUCAAAGUUCUCAGGAGUGAUCCAGGAGCUGCCACAGAAUCAGUUCGGGAUCAAGAGUCCGGCAGACCUAUGACGCUGAUAGACCUGUGUGUGCCUCAGAGAAAAACAGACCAGUUCUGUACCAGUUGUGAGAUUGUGAGGGCUCCACGAACAAAACACUGCCGGCUCUGUGAGAGGUGCUUUGAGAACAUGGACCACCACUGCCUUUUCCUCCUGACAUGUGUUGCCAAAAAGAACCAUGCCUUAUUCUGCUGGUUCAUCAUCAGCUGUAUGGUUUCCAUGACUCUGUUCCUGGUGCAUUGUGCCUUUUACACAUACAGAACUUACGCUGGUCAGACAUGGAGCCACAUGUUCUACUCCAUGUUCUGGUCAGAGUGUUGGGUGUUGAGUCUGAUAGCCAUGAAUGCUGUGUCCAUUAUCUGGGGCAUUAAUCUUCUGAGGUUUCAGUUAGCUCUGGUGUCUAAAGGAGUGACCACUGUGUUUAUGAGGAAGACUAAGUCAGCACUAACUAAUCAGGAGAGACUGGUCAAUAUUCUGUACUUUCUGAUGGGGAGGAAGCCUUUUGCUGAGGACCCUCUGAUCUGCUCACAAGACACACAGUUUGUCUAAGGUGGUUUAGCACCUGUGAUCUGUUGUAGAUUUUUAUUAUGUGUAAAUUAUGUCUUUUAUAUGUUCAAUUUUUACUGAACCAAUUCCAAACCAUGAUUCUAUAGUCAGUACUGUUUAUUUUAACCAUUUUAUAUAUUUAUCUAGUAUUUAAUAUUAUUUUGAUGUUAAACUUAAAUCUGUUGUUAAUCUGUAUCGGAUUUGUAACACCAGUAUACAUGUGUAUGUAGUUUUUAAAGAUGAAUUCUGUUUUAAACAAGAAUUUUGUGACUAUUGUAUCUUAAUGCUUGUAAAGCACUCUUACAGGCUAUAUAACAAUGACAUAUAACUGCCCCAACAAUAGUCAGAAAUCUGCUAAAAUCAAUACUUAGUGUAGAAGAAAUUAUAAUAUUAACAAAAUACUUGUAAUUUAUGAUAAAAACAAUCUAGUAAUGGGCUAUGUUUGUUGCUGUUGUAAUUAUGGACAUUUUCAAAUAUUUUUAAAACAGGAUGAAUCUUUUGACACUAGAACUUACUAGUCUUAACUCACUUGUUUUAUUUGACACUAUUAUUCUAUGUUUCCCAGUCGAAAACACUUUGAAAGAUACAGUGUAUUUCAUUGUCUCCUGAAAUCGUUAAAUGUGGGAUUUACAUCAUAUCCAUAACAAUUUAAUUUAAUUUAACUUAAAUUGUUAUCGCAUACUUUGAUAUCUCAAACACCAUGGGAUCGUUGAAGCUAGUUGGAACUCCUAGUCACUGUUUCUUUCUGCAUUUCAACUUUUACAGAUUAAAUAAAAAUCUGAAAUGUUAAUUACUUGAUCAGAUGUCUAAAUAGUUUACUGGCUCAAAUUACAAUUGGAGGUUUGUCUUUCAAAGUGUAACUUUGUAAGCAGAGAAUGGCCUUUUUCAUGUGAAAUCAUAAUGUAUGUAUAUCAAUUUUUACACUGGUGUAUAAAACAUUGAGAAAAACCAGGAUAUUCUUUCUUUACCAUCACUAGGUGUCAAUUUUAUGGAGAAAAUUUCUUUUCCCCCUUUUUUGUUUUUACAUCUGACAGAUUGUUAUUCUUGCCAAAAAUUGUUACAUUAUCUAUAUAUAAUGAAUUUAAUGUAAAUUAAAUAUCUUGGUAUUGCAUUGUCAUGUGUAAGAAUCUGAAAUCCAAAGUUGUAUUUCUUUUUAAAUUUUAAAAAAUUACUUGCAUCUA